UUUACUCUUGAUAUUAUGCUAUAUCUUAACAGGUAAUAUGGCAGGUGUGUUAGACCACGAAGAAGUUCAAGUACAGAGUGUAAUGCCAUGCGACACCUGCGAAAAUGCAGCAGAACACCUUUGCAAGACAUGCCACGAUAAGCUUUGCAGCAGAUGCAAGGGCAUUCACACAAAAAGUAAAUCUUCAUUUGACCACGAGGUAACUUUGCUAACAUUUGAGUCCUUGUCACUAUUGAACGAAGUGCCUUCUGUACAAGUCUGUAGGUCACAUCCAGGUUUUCGCACUAACGUCUGCUGCAAAGAAUGCGAGAUUCCAAUUUGUGAAAAAUGUUUAGUCUUUGAGCACAAUGGCCAUAAGGUGAUAUUGACCGAAGAGCUUUAUAUUCAAAAGAAAAAGAAACUCGACCAAAAGUUCGAAUUUCUGCAAUCAGAAUUACCAAAACAUCAAAGUUAUUUAGAUGAACUAAUAAAGGAUGAAACGAUAAAUGAAAAACAAUGUGAAACCCUUGAAACUCAAAUUGUCGCUCAUUUUAAGGAGACUCGCUUAAAACUUGAGUUGGAGGAAAAAUGUCUCUUACAAACUGCUAAAUCAAAACAGAAACAGGAACAAUGCAGAAUUCAAAUUCAGAAGAAACAUGUUUCAGAAUGCAUGUCCAAAGUGCAAUCAUUUAUUUCAAAGUAUCAAAAUGAAAUUGCGUCGGAAAGACAUGCAUUCAUUUUGUAUGCAGACGUCCCAGAAGAAUCACAUGAUUCCGAGGCGUUUCAGCGUUCUCCAUUCCCGCACGCACUGCAAUUCAUUAAAGGGACAGUGGAUGAUGAGCUCUUUAUACAGUUGUCGGGUAAAAUAACUUUAGAUACUUUAAAUACAGCAGGCACUCAUCUUAUUCAUAACAUGAUGGAAUUAGAGGUGUUCCGAGUUGGACAAGGAUCUGUACAGUCGCUAACGUACGACAUAAAUGAUGACGCAUUUUGGGUAUUUUCUGAAGGCGAGACGUCUUUUAAAAAGUACAAUCGGUCGGGUAUUGUUAUCUUUGAAGUGACAACAGAGGUUGCCCAGCUAAGAAAUCAACCGAUUUGUCUAGCUGAUGGAAGUGUUCUGUUUAGAAAAAAGAGAUGCCUUUUGACCAAGUUAAACAAAAACGGAGAGGAAACCGUUUUCUUAGAUUUUGAUGCUGCUUAUCCAAUUUGCAUGUACUGUCCCGAAGAAAACACAGGGGUCGUGAUCGGAAUCAUUAAUUCGGAACUUACGGAGGGAAAACUAUCAAAAUAUGACAAACAUGGUCACUGUACCAAUGAAAUAAAAAAUUCUUUAUUGUUUAAGAACUUAGUGUCAAGAAACACAAAAUGUCGUGCAACUUAUUACAUUGCGGAAAAUAUAAAUGGAGACAUCUGUAUUUCUCACAAAGAUGUAGAUGUAUUCGACAAAAAAGGAAACUUUCGUUUUUCUUACUAUGGUCACAGGAAUACAAAUCUCGAAUUUCAGCCAAGAGGUAUUUGUACUGAUACACUAGGACACAUCGUGGUGGCGGACGCAGGGAAUCAUUCUGUACAUGUAUUGGAUGGUAAUGGUAAUCUUCAGAAACUGUAUGACGUUUCAUCGAAAGAAAACGACUUUCAGCCAAUCACGCUGACAGUUGAUGCCAAUUACUCCCUUUGUAUUGGAUGCUCGGAUGGAAAAAUAAGAAUCUUUAAAUAUAUUGAAUAAAAGGAUAACAUGCUGUAAGGAAAACACUUACAUGUAUUUGUUGUUUUGAUCUUGAACUUGAGAACAAUGUGUUGUAGCAAUUAUUGCAAGUAUAAAGCAUUUUGAAGCUUGAAAGAACUGAGUUACUUGUACAUUUAUGUAUUCAAAUAUACAAUGUAUUUUCCUUUAAGAAAAUUAAAUGCUAGCCAAGGAUGCUUCU